AUGAAGAGCGAUAAUGAAAUAACAAAGACUGAUAGACUAAUUUCUCAUCUCGAUCAAGAUCAAGCCAGGUUUAAAAUUGCUGGAAAAGCUAGUAUCAAAUUAGAUUCUUAAUUUCCAGCAAAUUCAAACUUCUAUGGAAAUGUGAGAACAUAUCAUUAGACCAUAUUUUAAAAAGUUGGCUACUCAGUUUCUUAAGAUCUGAACUAAUAGAUUGCGAAAGCAAGCCUUGUUUCCACUGAAACAUAAUCUGUUCGUAAAGUUACAAAUCACUAAAUUCAGUAAUUCUUCAUUCCAAGUGGGUAGAGUAUUGAAAUUCUCAAUAAUAAUGAUUAAUUUGUAAACAAGUCUGAAAGUCCAUAUAUUCUCUAAAGGAAUACAAAAACAUUUCAAAAUCAUUAAGAUUCCUAUGAAAAUUUGAAUGAUCAUUAUGAAAGCGAUAGUAAUGAUAAUACACCUAGAUCAUUAAAUAGUAUUAGUAUUUUAAAUAAACCAAUUUCAAAAAAUGACAUUCAAACAAAUCAAAAAAUGGACAUAGCGAAAUUCAAACCAAUACGAAGUUGUUUUCAGGUUAUUAGGGCUGUUUUUAGAUUGAAAAUGUUAUAAAAAACUAGUUAGAAGAAAUAAACUUGGGAUUUGAAGAUUGCUGCAUUCAAAAAGAAUUAGAUGAUUCUACAUUAUAAUGAGAGUAUUACAAAAAUAAAAAUUAAAUAAUGGACGUAAAUGGUAUUUACGAAAAUGAUUUCAGUUAUUCAGUAGAUAAAUUUACAAAAAUAACAAUUGAAUUUUAUUGACUGUCCAGAUACAAUGAAACCCGUUGAAAUAGAUUAGGCAAUUAUUUAUAUUCAGAACAGCUUUACAUUUGCAAUGUCCAAUCUUUUAGUGAUGGCAACAAGUAAAAAUCUAUUAAAUGAGUUGAGUCUUUAAAUGCAUUAGGAUUAAUACUUUGAAUAUCGAAAGCACUUCAGUAAAUUUGUCAGUUAAAGAGCAAAUUACAUAACCUACCAUUAUCCUGAAAUGAAUGAAUAAGAGAAACAAAUAGUGUUCUCUGAAUGCAUAAUAAUUAAUAAUUUAAUCCCCAGUUUUAUAAAAUUAACAACAAGUUUAGACUCUUUAAAUUGUAAUAAACCAAGUGUAGAAUUUUUGAUUAAAUGCAUGAUUUCCCUCUUUUAAUAUUUCUUUGUACUACAAUUUUCUGAAUAUCCAAUAAUUGAAAUAAAGAAUUAAAUUAUUAAAUAUUCACAGUAUCAUCUAGGAAGGAAAUAAUCCUAGUUGAUUAUUGUAUAAAACUAAUAAUUAAAUUCAGAUGAUUUAAUUGAUGGAGUCUAUACAGAAUAAUAAAUGCAAUUAAUAUUAAGAAAGGAGAGUUGGUUGUAAUCAAAUAAAAAAAUGAUGAAUGUAGUUACAUAAAAUCUUGCUAUUAUAGUUUGA